AAGGGGGUGGGGGAAAUGUGGCCUUAAUUAUCCUACGUUUUAGGCAGCUUAAGGAAGGGGCUGUGCUUUCAGAAUCCCGUCGGAGCCAAGUAAGGAGGUCCUUCUCCUCCCCCCUCGCUUUUUAAAGGAGCUCGUGAAAUAUAAGCUCAGAAAACAAACCGAGCGAUCACAGCGGCAGCCCGGGCGGCAGCAGCAGCAGCAGGAGGAGGAGGAGGAGGAGGAGGAGCAGGAGGAGGAGGCAGAGUUGGAGUUGGAGCAGACGCUGCCGAGAGCUGCUGGACGCGGCGGAGUUCGCAGGGCUCCGCGCCGCUCCAUUCAUUAAGUAGCUGGGGAGGACGGUGACGGGACGCCGACGCUGCCCACUCGCAAACUUUAGCACGCAGACGCACGCCAGCCGUGCGCGUCCCGGGCAGCACAGCGCUGCAAAAGUUUCUGCUCGGGAUUUGGCUCUCUUCCUCUUGGACUAGCGAACAGUUUGGGGUUGAGAGGAAAGCAGAGGCGCCCAGAGGGGAAACCUAUCCGCGCCUGCAGUUGGAACUACUCGGCCGGACUGCACUCCCGCCGCCGCGUCCCGAGCCCGCAGACCCGCUCCUCAACAGCGGCGGCCCGCAGCGUCCCGGGAGGCUCUCCGCUGCCAGCGCCAUGCAAAACUACAAGUACGACAAGGCGAUCGUCCCCGAGAGCAAGAACGGCGGCAGCCCGGCGCUCAACAACAACCCGAGGAAGGGCGGCAGCAAGCGAGUGUUGCUCAUCUGCCUCGACCUCUUCUGCCUCUUCAUGGCGGCGCUGCCCUUCCUCAUCAUCGAGACAAGCACCAUUAAGCCUUAUCGUCGAGGGUUUUACUGCAAUGAUGAGAGCAUCAAGUACCCCCUGAAAGUCAGCGAGACCAUAAACGAUGCUGUGCUCUGUGCAGUGGGGAUCGUCAUUGCCAUCCUGGCGAUCAUCACAGGGGAAUUCUACCGGAUCUAUUACCUCAAGGAGAAGUCCCGAUCUACCAUUCAGAACCCUUACGUGGCCGCCCUCUAUAAGCAAGUGGGCUGCUUCCUCUUCGGCUGCGCUAUUAGCCAGUCCUUCACAGACAUCGCCAAGGUGUCCAUCGGGCGCCUGCGGCCUCACUUCCUGAGCGUCUGUGACCCUGAUUUCAGUCAGAUCAACUGCUCCGAGGGCUACAUUCAGAACUACAGGUGCAGAGGAGAAGACAGCAAAGUCCAGGAGGCCAGGAAGUCCUUCUUCUCAGGCCAUGCCUCCUUCUCCAUGUUUACUAUGCUGUAUCUGGUGCUAUACCUUCAGGCCCGCUUCACCUGGCGAGGGGCCCGCCUGCUCCGGCCCCUCCUGCAGUUCACUUUGCUCAUGAUGGCCUUCUACACGGGACUGUCACGUGUAUCCGACCACAAACACCAUCCCAGCGAUGUCCUGGCAGGAUUUGCCCAAGGAGCUCUGGUGGCCUGCUGCAUAGUCUUCUUCGUGUCUGAUCUCUUCAAGACUAAGACGACCCUCUCGCUGCCUGCCCCUGCUAUCAGGAAGGAGAUCCUGUCACCUGUGGACAUUAUCGACAGGAACAACCACCAUAACAUGGUGUAGGUGCUGCAGCUCCACAGUGGUUCCUCUGAAGUGACUGCUGACAGCAUGUUCCUGCUGCUCUCCAAUCUCAUCAGACAGUAGAAUGUAGGGAAAAGCUUUUUGCCCAAUGGAUUUUGAAAACAUUUAAAGAAAAAACAAACAAAAAAAACAAAAGCCUUAUUUUGUGGCCUUCCAAAAUAGGUUGUUGGCCUGUGUGGAGACAACAGUGCCGGAGUCCCGAGUCCCGGCUGCACAGCUGGUUACGUGUUCAUGUUCUAGUGAGCACAGGCUUGUCAGUAGCAAAACACUAGAAUAAUUGAGCAGGGGCUGUGGUCACCUUUUGUGACCCGAGAAAUCCCAAGCCAGUGAGAACAAGCUCGAGCUCCUAUGUAGCACACAAGGCUCGAACCAGCACCGAGUUAACCCCUCUGCCUGCCCCACUCUGCUGUGACAUUGGUUCCAGGAAGUCUUGCGCUUUGAAGUACCAGGAAUGAGCGCUUUGGCUCAGAGUGAUCAGAUCCCGAAUCCAAACCCCAGACCCUGAGGCCUCUGUCAUCUCUUCCCCCAUCCCCAGGCUAACAACCACAGGCCCUCACUUUUAGAGACUGGGGGACCCUUUGUGGAAGAGUGAACUUCACAAAUAGCACAAUUUCAGAAGACCCGGAGGGUGUCUUCUUCUGGCGCACCAUACUGUGACGCGGAACUGCCAUUGCAGGAUCAAUCAAUCACUGGGCACUUGCACACGUAGAAAUGGUAGACUGCGGUUACUGCUGUCCCCUUGAGAUCCUUGCUGGGUGCCUACCAGGAGGUCAGGUGAGGGCCAGGGAUGAGCACAGGCGUGGUAGCCCUUUGGCUGAUCGAACGAGCCUCAGUAAAGAGACAGGAAUGGAGGGAAAGGGCAGAAUGAAGACAUGAACCAUCUUUCUGGCUCCUUGGGAUCAGAGAGAGCCAGUGUAGCAGACAGUCUCAUGCCUGCAAGGCUACCCUUCAAGAGAGGGAGCCAGAAGGCCUUUGCAGGAGUUGAUCUUGCUGUGUAAAGCACUGUUGUCUCGGGGUUGAUCCCCGGGACAGUUCUUUGGUGGGUUCUGCUGGGCGGAACACAUGGGUUAAAUCUGCGUAGAGAGUUUUUCCUCACUCUCUAUCCACAAGUGUCCUUCCAAGCAAGGUCCCGUUCUAGACAGUAGACAGAGAGCCUUCUACUGAACCUCCGAGGAAAGGAAGAAGGAAGACAAGUGCUUUUCAAAUCUUUCAAAGGGCUACACGUAACCAUAUGGAUCAACCACAUGCACGUCCUUCCACAGACUCUGUCCUUUCAUUUCAACAUAUAGCAAGCUAUGAUUUUAUAUAUAAAUAUUAUAUAAAUAAUGUAUAAAACAUUAAAGGUUAACUAUGUAAGAUAUUAUGUCUGAAACAAUUUUAGCUAUAUCCACUAUGAUCAUAAACUGUGUCUCGACCUGUGUUAUUGACUUUAGCUGCUUAAAAGGAGCAUUGAGUUAUUUUUUUUUUUUUAAAUCUCAACUAAAACUAUCAUAGUUCUGUGGUAGCCGUUGUUUUACAAGGAGAGAAAUAACUGCAACUAGAGAAAAACUGUAUAAAAACAUUAAAUUGUCAGUAUUUUUGUAAGGUUCCGUUUUGUAAAGAGAAUAAUAUUCAAAGAUUUUUGUGGCAUACAAAGUGAAAACGUGUAUCUGCGAAACUAAACGUGUAUUAAAUGUGCUUUUUCAAUAAAAGCUCAUAACAUGACUAA